AUGCGAGUCUAUUUGGGUAUUGAUGCCGUGGGAAGUGGGAAGCAGCAGAUUAUUGACGUGGUGACUUGGCCGUAUAUGAUUGGUUGCUUGAUCGUCCUGGAAUGUGGUCGGUCGUACCGCAGUGACGGAAGGAAGUCAGUGCGUAACGGACCUAGGAGCAAAUUGAGUGUUUCAUCAAUGAAAGAAGAAUACUUGGAUGAUGCUUGUUGA